CCACCCCCCCUUCAGGGCCAUGGCCAAGCCCUGGGGAAGCUCCACUCUCUGGAACCGCUGAGCUCCCACACCUGUGAAGCCCAAAGGGCCAGUACGGGUGGGCUGGGGGACACUGGGCAGACCAUGUGCCCAGAUGCCCGGCUCCCUGACUGUGUGUCCGUGGUGACUCAUCUUUUCUCCAGCCGCCAUGAACCGGUUUCAGAACAUCAGGCGCAUGGAGUCACUCCAGGGACCUUCAAAAUGGGUCCCCACUCUGGGCGAGCUGCAGAAGACCCUCCAGAAGGGCGAGUACCUGCCCCUCCGCCCGCUGCCCAUGUUCGAGAGUAACUUUGUCCAGGUGACCAAUCAAGGGGCCCCCGUGUACGUGCACCACAGAACCAACCGUCUGACCAUGGGCGUGGCUGCCUCCUUGCCAGGCCUGGUGCUGCCAGACAUCCUGCUGAUCGCUCAGCCUGGAGAGGGCAAGGAGUGCUCCCACCUCAUCCUCACCAGGAUGCUCCCGCUGGACCUGGCCCACCUCUACGUGCAUGAUCUGUCUGCCUGGCGCCUUAAGCUGCGACUGAUCACAGGCCGCUACUACUACCUGGAGCUGGACGCCCCUGAUAAAGAGGCUGGCUUCCUGUUUGACCGCUGGAUCCGUCUCAUCAACCUGCUCCAUGAGCCUGCCACAACCUGGGCCCCCAGGACUCUGAAUACACCCACCAUGGACCUGGCCCAUGUGGUACCUCCGGCCUCCACCUGGCGCCUCCAGGCCCAGCCCCAGUGCAGACGUUCAGUCAUGAUUGUUAAGCCCAACUUUCCUUACAAGUUAAUGGCAUCUCAGAGACAGAAGAAGACCAAGACCCUCAAGCGCAGAUUCAAGUCUCAGGCCGUGGGCGACUCUGUGCCUCUCAUCUGGUCGCGUCUGGAGCAUGCUGAAGCUAAACAGAAAUCUGCAGAAAAGUCCCAACCAAAACUCUACGCUGACACAUCUCGGACAAAAAUCCAGGUUUCUGAGAAGCCCAGCAUCACCAUCCGUACCAUCUUCAGCAUCAUUUCCAACACCAUCAACAACACACAGUCCUCUUCCAAGGGUUGCUCCUCUGACUCUGAGGUGGGCACGGUCCUGGGAGGUUUAGUGGAGACCCCGGUCCGCUGUAUCUCGGAGGGCAGCCGUGAGCCUUCCUUGCUGGGCUCGUAUGGUCACUUGGACACAUACCUGUGGCGGCAGGCCAUUGGAGAGCUGAUGGACCCGAAUUCCAGCACCCUGUCCUCUUCCGUCUUCUGCCCAGCGCCCGGCCCUCCGGCCUUCCCCCUCCCUGCCACUCUCUCCUUCCAUAAGCACAAAGGAGAGGCUGGGCACAGGCAGCGGCCGCCACUCUCCCAGAAGACGCUGUCUACCCGUGCUGCCCCUUCGAAAGUUCCAUUCAUCCUCGACCAGUCCAAGAAGGUCUCAGCAGCACGUGCUCCAUCCCAGAAGACCUCGGCCGCCCCUGGCCCAUCCCGGAGGGCCCCAGCUGCACCUGUGGCUCCUCAGAAGGCCCCAGUAGCACGUGGCCCGUCCCGGAAGGCCCCACCUGCUUCGGCUACUUCCCCGAAGGCCCCAGCGGUACAUGGCCCGUCCCGGAAGGCCCCACCUAUACAGGCUCUUCCCCCAAAGGCUGUGUCCCCGACUCUCCAAAGGAGGAAAUCUUUCUUCAUCCCUACCCCGUCCCAGAAGGCUGUGACCUCACCUCGUCAGUACAAGAUGACGCCGGAUGGGGCCGAUUUUGGCAUGGUGCCUGAAUUAAGUCCUAAAAGGGAUGGGCUUGCGAGAAGGAAGCAUGAAGGGACUCCACAGCCCAUGUUGUACUUGGGCACCCAGGAGAUGGACGUGCUAGAGACGAGGACCCAGAGAACAUUCAUGGAGCUGCCUUUCACCACCACGAAGAAGCAGUCAGAGGAAGUCGUGAUCAGCAAAGCCCGGGAGAUCACCGUGGAUGGCCUGAAGGGCAGGGGCACGUUGGAGGACAGGGUCCACAAAAAGAAGGAGAAGAUAUCCCUGGACAUGCCUGGCUUCAAAUCCAAGGAGAGAGGAGAGCAGCAGAGGUGGCUCAAGACGCAGGAGCUGGCCAUUGAGGGAGGCCCAGAGGAACAGAGCAGGCCCUUCUCGGUGGAGGGGCUCACCCUUGCCAAGAUGAUGAUCAUGGCCAACUGCAAGGAGCCACCCCAGAGGCCAGCUGCAGUCGGUCUGCCCUCCUGGCUCUCAGCUCCCCAGGCGUCUGCUAUGUCAACAGAGGGCACAGUGCCCUUCAGCCCCCGUCACGUGUCCUCCCCGGAGGGGAAACCGGGGGCGGUUAGGGAGCAGUCCCCAGUGGGCAUCUGGGUGCCCUCGCUGGAGGGGAUACCAGUGGGGGUUAGGGAGCAGUCCCCGGUGGGCACCUGGGUGAAGGGGAAAAUGCAUCAGUGGGCAGAGAGGAGCAAGCAGCACUGGGUGAAGGAGCUUUCUCAGGACACAACAGGGCCUUCCGAAGUGCCCUGCAUCACGGAGCUGGAGAUGGACAGUGCCUCCCAGUCUCCCAUCCCUCUGCCCGCAUCGGAGUGGGAGGGUGCACCCCGGUCGCCCAUCUCUCUGACCCCCAUCUCCAAGAUGGAGGCUGGGGUGUCCCCACAGCUCACCAGUGUAUCUCAAGAGCCUCAAGAGCCCAAGAAGAUGUCAGAUCUGAGCCCUCUGACCACGACCGGCUUGUCCUCAGAGGCUCUCUCACCCUCACCCUUGGAAGUGGAGUGUGUCAGUGCUUCAGCCAGCAUGCUCAGUUCCGAGAGCCCUCAAUAGCGGGAUUCGGGGGACUCAAUCUCAGUUGCCAAAGUGUCCAAAGGAGCCCAGCCUGGCCAGGUAGCCGGAGACCCCACAGACCCGCCUCAGUCCUGGCACCGGAGUCCAGGAGCUCAGACCCCACCCUGGCUCUUUCCUCUUCCCCACAGGCCCCCAGGGUGCUGUGCACCUCUACCGUAAGAAGCAGGGUGCUGAAAAGACCGGGCGGGGGGAUGCUCCCUCUCCAGUAGAGACCAGAGCUAUCUAUACGUUUAUAUAU